UGCUAGGGAACCUGUGCUGCACUAGUCAGGCUGACUAAUCUCCCUUUAAAUAAUCUCCCUUUAAAUAGUCUGGAAGUACUGUAGUGAGCUCCUGUUUCAGGAGCCAUGAGAAUACAGCCACGACUGUGGUCUAUAUAAAUAGCCAGACCCAUGCUGGUAAGUAGUGAACAGCAUAGUUAUUUGUUCUAUGAAGGUCUUCCUAUUUUCUUCAUGUUGUUGUAUGGAUAGCUGCAAUUGAAUUCUGGUAAUGUUUCUGUUUGGAAGCUGUGCUGCUGCCUUCUCCCAGACUGCCGUAUUGUCUGUGACAGUGAGGAGCCAGCAGCCACCCUUUGCAGAUAGACUUCUAACCCCAGCGGCUUUGCAUCUGCAUGGCAAUGGGGCUGUGGCUUGCUGGGGUCUGUACAGCUGGGUUUCGCUAAAACUGUGCAGUUCAGACCCUUUUGAUUAAUGCUGUGACUUUAAAAAUCUCACUGAUAUUUCUAGCAUCCGGAAGGUGAAAGCAAGGAAUAUUUGAAUACUCACUGCCUAGCUAUGGAUAUGGAUAAGAGCUUAAGACGACGGUCCUUCUGAGAGGAAGAUGAACUUAGCUUAUCUGUGCUGUCUGAACUCGGUAAUAAGGCGGGGGGAAGUAGUUAACCAAGUCUAUGUUAUUUAUGCUGACUAAUAAAUUUUCUCUUGUAAUAUGGAAGAGUGGAAACUAUUCUUCAGGUAGGUACAUGCACUCUGCAGCUGCACAAGCAGUCUUCAGUUUGCCUCUAUCUGGUCCUAAAUUAUCAAGACAGCCUUCAAAAACAUAAGGACCUGAUACAUGGCCAGUAGCCACUCUAGUGCUUUCCAAGAUUUAGGUAAAUAGGAGAAUCCUCAACGAAGAGCGCGCUGAGUCUUGCCUCAGCUGAGGUAGGAGGCAUCUGAAUUUCUUACUCAUAGUGUAUUGUCAUCUUCUCCCUGCUGUCCUACCCACUCAAUGCGUCAGAGAUCUAAGGCUUUUUUUUUUUUUUUACCCCUUGUCUGCUGAGCCAGAUUCAGGCCUUCAGUUUCUGGUAUAUCAUGUCAGAGACCCUUUUUCUUUCUUUCUUUUUUUCUUCCCCCUCUGCUCAGACAUAAUUCCCCAUAGCCAGUUGGUUUUUAUCAAGGUAAAUGAGCUCACAGGAGAGCCUUGGUGCAAGAGGAUAGAGGGCCAAGUGGCUCUGAGGGGAGAAAGAGUCUGCGGGGACAUAGCACAGAUGAGUUACAUAGAGGCAGCUUCCCUAAACGCCCCCUCAUGCUUGCCUUCCUAAUGUUGCUUUUAAGUCCCUGUACAGGUGGCAAGAUUUUUGCCUGGCCAGAAGUCCCACCUGAUGUAAUGUUACAUCUUUCUUUUUCUUUUCAUGCUCAGUGCUUACCAUCCUCAAACAGAGGCACAGCUGAGGUCAGGAAUUGCCUCAGUGUGUCAUUUAAUGGGACUUUAAGUUCAUAUUUGGUAAAGCAGAAGUUCUGUGCUGGGUUUUGGAAACACCAUCAUCAAAGACAAUUAUGGUCUCUGAGGGAAAAUACUAUAAUGUUUGAUUAUCAACAGUCUUCUGAAUUACAAAGCAAACCCACAAGAAUCCCUGUGAAUUUAAUUAAAAAGAAAAAACAAACCACAGACAGCUUUUUCAUUAACUGUAUUUAGUGUACUUAACUUACAUCACUCCAAUAAGAUCAACCAGGCUGUUCCUGGGGUAAAUCUGGCCUGUGUUGCCAGCUGUUAUGCAAGACGUGGGUUCUCUUUGGAAAAGCACAAGAAAAAGACAAAGCUGACAGUAGCAGAAUUACAUUUCGAUGAAGGACAGGUUCCACUGGGUAGGGAAGGCAAAAAGCAGUGGAAUCUGCCCUGUCACAUUUUGCAGGGCUAAGGAUGGGUCAAAAUGCAAUGCAAUUUGUCUUCUUCCCUCUAGCACAAUGGCUUCAUUUCCUAUCUUGAAGCAAGAGACGUUGUUCCAGAAUGGUACAUGGAGCUAUCGAAUUCCAGCCCUGCUCUACCUGCCACGUUUCAGCAUCAUCCUGGCAUUUGCUGAGGAACGAGAGGAUGUGGUGGAUGAACAUGCCAAGCUAAUAGCGAUGCGCAGAGGCGUGUAUGACCCAACCAUGCACCAUGUUCAGUGGAAUAGCAUGGAGACCAUUGUCAGUGCGCAGCUGAAAGACCACCGAUCUAUGAACCCCUGUCCUGUUUAUGAUGAGGUCUCAGGGAAACUGAUCCUGUUCUUCAUAGCUGUCCCAGGAAAGAUCUCUGAGCAGCAUCAGCUCAGGACAAAGAUCAACCUGGUACGUCUCUGCUACGUCACUAGCACAGACCAAGGACACACCUGGAGUGCUGCCCGGGAUGUCACCGAUAGCACCAUUAGCACUGAGUACAAGAACUGGGCCACUUUUGCGGUGGGGCCAGGUCAUGGAUUACAAUUGCUCAAUGAGGCCCGGAGCCUUGUGAUUCCUGCCUAUGCUUAUCGUAUCUUGGACCCAAAGCAACACCCCACCCCUCAUGCCUUCUGCUUCAUCAGCUCUGACCAUGGGGCAACGUGGGAGAUGGGGAAUUUCGUGGGGGGGGAGAGCGCAGUGGAGUGCCAGGUAGCAGAGGUGCACUCCUGCGGCAGGAAGGUCCUCUACUGUAAUGCAAGGAGCAGCAGAGGAGCCAGAAUCCAGGCUGUCAGCUAUAACCAUGGGGUGGACUUUGAUGGAGGCCAGCGGGUUGAAAUGCUAGUAGAACCUCCCUCUGGAUGUCAUGGAAGUGUUACUGCCUUCCCACCUCCCCCUGAGGCCAGUUGCCAAGAUAGUUGGUUGCUCUACGCUCAUCCUACAGACCCAAAGGGUCGAAGAGAUUUAGGAAUUUACCUCAACAAAAGCCCUUUACAUCCAGCACACUGGACAAAACCAAGCAUUAUUUUCAAGGGCCUUUGUGCUUAUUCGGAUCUGCAGUACAUGGGAAUUGGGCCAGAUGGUUCACCCUUGUUCUCCUGCCUCUUUGAAUAUGGGACCCACCAACAAUGUGAAGAGAUAAUCUUUGUAAUGUUCACUUUGAAGCAAGCCUUUCCAUCAGAGUGCUGAGUCUCGAGCCUUUCCAUCAGCAUCCCUCUGAAAAACACCUUUGCUGAUACUUCUUUUCUCUGUCACUUCUCAUGUUUCAGCAAAAGGGUUUUUGUAGUCCUCCUACACCCUUAGUUUGGUGUAGGCUUGUGGCAUCUGUAGAUUACGAAGUCUAUUAA